AUGUCUUUCGGAAAGCUCUACAGCUACUCGGGCAACCCACGCACGACCUCUCUCCUGGCCGUCGCGAAGGAGAAUGGCCUCGACAUUGAGUUUGUCGACACCGAGCCUGCAAAGGGUGUCUCUACCGACUACCUGAAGAUCAACAAGCUCGGCAAGGUCCCUACCUUCGAGGGCGCUGACGGCUUCGUCCUCACUGAGUGCAUGGCCAUCGCUGUCUACCUUGCUUCGCAAAACGAGAAGACCAGCCUUCUUGGUAAGACCAAGCAGGACUACGCCACCAUCCUGCGAUGGAUGUCCUUUGCCAACACUGAGGUCCUCCCUCCUCUCGGCGGCUGGUUCCGCCCUAUCCUCGGUCGCGACCCUUACAACAAGAAGAACGUCGAGGACUCCCAGAAGGCCGCCCUCAGGGCCAUCCACGUCAUCGAGGAGCACCUUCUCACACACACCUACCUUGUCGGUGAGCGUCUGACUCUUGCCGAUAUCUUUGCCACCAGCAUCAUUGCCCGUGGCUUCCAGUACUUCUUCGACAAGCAGUGGCGUGACUCCAACCCCAACGUUACCCGUUGGUACGAGACCGUCUACAACCAGGCCAGCUACUCAGCUGUUGCCCCCAAGCUCGAGUUCAUUACCGAGGCCUUGAAGAACGUCGCACCCAAGAAGGAGGGUGGCGAGAAGAAGAAGGAGCAGCCCAAGGCCGCCCCCAAGCCCAAGGCUGAGGAGCCUGAGGAGGAGGAGGAGGCCCCUAAGCCCAAGGCUAAGCACCCUCUCGAGGCUCUGCCAAGGGCCACCUUCGUUCUUGACGACUGGAAGCGCAAGUACUCCAACGAGGAGACCCGCGAGGUUGCCCUCCCCUGGUUCUGGGAGAACGCCAACUUCGAGGAGUACUCCCUAUACAAGGUCGACUACAAGUACAACGAUGAGCUGACCCUCACCUUCAUGACCUCCAACUUGAUUGGUGGUUUCUUCGCUCGCCUUGAGGCCAGCCGCAAGUACCUCUUCGGAGCUUGCUCUGUAUACGGCCAGUCCAACGACUCCGUUGUCACCGGAGCCUUCCUUGUCCGCGGUCAGGAGGCUCUCCCUGCUUUCGAUGUCGCUCCCGACUUCGAGAGCUACGAGUUCACCAAGCUCGACCCCACCAAGGAGGAAGACCGUGAGUUCGUCAACGACCAGUGGGCAUGGGACAAGCCCAUCACCGUCAACGGCAAGACCAUGGAGUGGGCCGACGGCGGUGGACCAAGCGAAGACAAUGUCACUGGUUUUCUUGUACGUUCAACAGCCACAAAUUGGGCGAAAAACUCGGUCAUUGCUGUAGACGCAGGAUCUCAUCUUGCAUCCAUCACCAACAUUCUGGCGAAAGACUUUCCGCUCGUCUCUGACCCAGACCCGCCUCUACAAAAUCCUCGAAACAGUAAUGGUGCCGCUACUGCUGACCAGACCGAUUCCCCAUCCCCGGGCACGACGCAUGUUACCCCUUCGGAUGAUGAAUCCGACGUCCAUACACCCAUGUCGGAGAGUGAGAUGUCGGUUACCAUAACGACACUAGAGAAGGGUUCUUUUGCUGGACUACCGUUUCCUUGCCAGAGUGCUAGGGCGAAUGCGCUGCACAUUAUGAGAGAGCAUGUGUCGACGUACCUCAUCACGCAUCCACAUUUAGACCAUCUCUCGGGCUUUGUGAUAAACACAGCAGCUUUCCACAAUACGUCGCGACCAAAGCGUUUAGCUGCAUUGCCCUUUACAGUCAACGCUAUCAAAACCCAUAUCUUCAACAACAUCAUUUGGCCCAAUCUCACAGAUGAAGAUGGCGGGGUUGGCCUUGUGACUUUCCAGAGGCUUGCAGAGGGUGGGAAUAUUGCACUAGGCGAAGGAAGCUCAAGAGGUUAUAUCGAAGUUUGCGAUGGUCUUGGUGUCAAAGGGUUUAAAGUAAGCCAUGGACACUGCAUGCAAGGAGCGGGCCACGUGCAUCGCGGUUCAACUAUUAACCUCCUGGAGACACCAGGUGCUCAACAAGUAGAUGGGCAUGACGGCCGUUCUAUGAGCAUACCUGGUGGAAUGCACAGUACUCCAGGCACACCAAGUCUUAACGGAGGUACCGAACUAAGCCGACGAGCCAGUGGCAUGACGGUCGCGCAACCACAACAGUCAAUCAGAGACGAGUGUGUCAUUGAUUCAACAGCCUACUUCAUCCGUGCAGAAUCUACACUUACAACGCCCAAACGUGAGAUUCUCAUCUUUGGCGACGUAGAGCCAGACUCUUUAUCUCUCACCCCACGUAAUGCUCAGAUAUGGAGCGAAGCCGCUCCUAAAAUAGCCGCAGGCAUCCUGAGGGGAAUAUUCAUCGAAGUGUCAUAUACCAACGCACGAGGCGACGCAGUCCUCUUCGGGCAUUUGGCGCCUCGCCACUUGCUAGAAGAGCUCAUUGUCCUCGCCGAGAUGGUACGAGAGAAGAAAAGAGCACACGAACGAGGCAAAGAAGAGCUACGCAUGAAAAAGAAGCGAAAACGAGCAAGCGGUCCGUUGCAACUCGACAGCCUCGCAUCUCCAGACGCACGCAAACCCAGAAUCAACUACAUGGGCGUCGGCAAAGGUAUCGAUUCCCCCAUCUCAGCAGUCAAUCCCCAGACGGACGACGAAGCGCUAUCAGACUUCCCCGCCUCAAGAGGCGACACGGGAACGCACACUCCGAACCCCGCAGCAUUCGCACCAGACCCCAACGGCAAUAGUAGUAACGAACCCAACGCUGCUGCCACUGGCCCUCACGCCUCCUCCCACCCUUCCGCCCCCGCAGCCAUGAACCUCACAAGCGUCUCAGCAGAACACAGCCGCGCCAUGCUCUCCGCGGCCUUUGACUCACCGCUCAAGGGCCUCAAAGUCGUCAUUAUACACGUCAAAGAUACGUUUGCAGAUGGGCCGCUCGUCGGCGACACGAUUCUGAGUGAGUUGCGCCAAGGCGAGGUGGCGUUGCAGGAACAGGGCAAGGGCUUGGGGUGUUUGUUUGAAGUUAGUCGGUCCGGGGAGAGUUAUUGGUUUUGA